AUGGAAGGGCCACGCGUAAUCGUCCUCGCCUACCCGCUUCCAAAUCGAGUGCAGUGCCCGCGCUGCUACAAAGGCGGGGACGAAUACGAGCACACGCGAGGGGAGUUUUGUGAUCCGGCUCACCUCGUUAAACAUCUAAAUAAAAUGCACCCGGGGGACACGAUUGUAUACGAGUGCUCGGUGUGUGAGUACCGGGGCAAGACCCGGUACCCCAAAAAAGACGUUGCCAUCCAUUACGACCGCCGGCACUCGGUCCCCCGGACAGAGCCGGCACAGACUUCCGGCACGAGAACGCCUCCGGUGCAGUCGCCCGCGCGCGGCAGGAGUGCCACCGACGGCACAGGCGCGCGAGCGGGGAGGACGCGCGCGCUGAGACAGCUGACGCUGGCGGGCGCGCUGUCGACGAGCCGGGGCCGCGCUUCGCGGCCACCCGGGCGCCCCACGGCCUCCCCAACGUCACCGCCACCGCCACCCAUCACCACCAGGGCCGGAUCCCCCUCCUUCGCGGCCGUUACUGCGGCGUCAAGGAUUAGCCCCCUGACAGCCGGGGCUCGCGGUACGGUCGCCACGGGGAGCACCGCGCUGCCCAGCAGCAGCAGCCGACCAUCAGCAGCAGCAGGAGCAGCCGCCGCGAGGACGCGGACUCCUCCUGGCCAAGUGCCAGCCUCCAAUGGUCCGCUGACCAGGUCGACGCGCGCUCCUCUCCGCCCAACGCCAUCACCACCGGCAUACACCGAGGAGACGGCGGAGAGGAAUAGGCGAAUUUUAAGCCUAAGGCGCAAGUUGCCCGCCGCUCCACCACCACCCGCGGCUUCCGGCACUGGGGCCGGAGCCACGCGUCGGGCAACGCGCGCGUCGACCUCGAUGCCGAGGGAGAUUCCCUCCAGGCCGGUGCGCAACACCCCCCCUCCCCCGUCAACCCAGGCGACGGGGGGACCGUCCACCAGUAGGGGGGGAGAGAAUAGAAGGAUGACACGAUCUACGAGCGUACCGGCCGUGAAGACGGGAACGCGUCAGCGGACCACGCCGCCCCGACUGUCACCGAUCGGGGAAGCACCACCCUCCCGCCGGGUCACCACGAGGAGUCAGGCGAAGAGACCCGGCGGGCCACCAGAGAGGACACCACCGCAGCCUAAGGUGGUGACGACAACGGUGUGUCGCAACCCCAUCAUAUCAACGGGGCUGCCUACACCGCCGGGGGGAAUGUUCCCCCCCCCCGCAGAGGACAUCAUAAAGUCCUCAAUCCACCGGAGGGCUCUCACCCGUCGUAGUGGAGACCAGGAGGAGUCCAUACACCUCGACAACAAUGCCGGCGAGGGCCAUCGAGCGGCGGCCAGAGGACAUCAGCGUGGUGCUCCUCUCAUCGGACAGCGAGGGAGAGGACAUGGGAGGCCCGUGAAGGACAGUGCGCCCGGGGAGAAGGGCGAAGCGGCGGCGCGGCGGCUCUUGAGCGGCGGUUCGCCCGGUAGCGAGACACCGGUCGCGGCGACGGUUGCGCGCGCGUCGCCCCCGCCGCCGCCUUUAACGCCGGCAAAUUAUUCCGAGCUGCCUCGAACACCAUCCGCGGAGGGGCAGCCUUCUCCAACAUUGAGGCCGGCGGUUGUGCGGAGCCGGAUCUCUCUUCCGAGGACGGAAGAGACUGGAGGAGACUCGGUAGGUGCUGACGUCAUUUCUAGCGUCGCACACCCGAGUGCUCCCGUAAAUGUUCGCGGAGUAAUGGGCCAUCCACGCUCCCGUGGGACCCGCGUACAGGCCUCCGGGGAGAACGAGGCACCUGCGCGUCCUGUCUAUCAACGGGGGCAAUAUUUUAUCAUGUACCUGCGAGCGAGUGUGGGGAGCUGUGCCGCAUUAGUUGUAGUGCCCACAAGCCGGGGGGGGCCUAUUGUCCCCCGGCAAUAUACUAUUUAA